AUGGCAGCGGCCCUGCGGGCCGCUGCUGACAAAGGCGACAUCGCUGAGGUAAGCAGGCUCUUAGAGGUGCAGGAUGCUGCAACCCUUCGCAAGAUCAUCAAUUCUCAGGACUCCGAGACAGACUUGGCUCCCUUGACCUUGGCUGCAGCGGGUGGGCACCAGAAUUGUGUGGCCGCGCUGUUGGCUGCCCGUGCCAACCCCGAUCUUUCCGUGGAAGAUGCUGGCAACCGCACAGCCUUGCAUAUGGCGGCGUACGAUGCCCACGUUGAGGUUGCGCAGCUUUUGCUGGAAGCGCGAGCUGAUGCAUGCUUAAUGAGUUCGGGAGGAACACCCAGUGAUAUUGUCAGCCAAAGGGCCAAAGAGUGGCGAAUUGGAGGUGGUGAUGGCGAAGAGGACAUUGACCGCUUGAACAAGAUCCUGGCAUUGUUGAGCGGUGCUGAUAGAUAG